AUGGUCCAGAACGUAUCGAUGCCUCUCGACGAAACUCGAGAAAAUUGCUGGAGUAGGAGCGAAAAGGGCUUCGCGGACAUUCCACACGAUGCCAUCUCCCAGCCCAGCAUAUCUAACCUCAACAAAUUUCAGCCACCCACGCCAAUCCAAGCGGCUCUCAUGAGCUGUGGACUAGAUGUCGCCGAUUUUGUCCUUAUCUACUCGAGCCCUGACGGGGCCGAGAAUCCUGUAGUACUCUCUAGUACAGGCUUGAGGAAUUAUGCGAACCGAAUCAUCAAUGAGCAGGUCUGUUCAACAUACACACGUAGUGUAUUGCACUACAGAAAUGAGAUGGUAGUGCACCCGUUAGGUACUGCGCAGUUUGACGCUGUCGCUGAGACUAGACACGAUGAUUUAUGGGAGAGCCAAAUGCUCUCACCCUCCGAGUAUCCCCUGCAGCGAUUGAGUGAUGCAAAGUCAGAAGAAUCAGACGACGGACAGUCGCCUAGAUCUCGGAAGCGAGCUCGAGUUCAAAUGCGUCGCCAGUACCUCGGAUCAGUUGAGAGCUCGGCGACAGCUCCAGCACCCAAGACACAACCGCUAACCAUUGGAAAUGACGCCGAUGUUGAAAGCUUUUAUUUCAUUCGGUUCAAGGAUAUGCAACAAUCGUCGUGCAAGGUAAUGGGAAAGGCUUUUGUUAAGUUGGUGGAGCCAAAGAAACAAACUCACCAUCCGUAUACUGGUGGGAAUGACAAGGCGCCGUCGUGGUGGCCUGCGACGAAGGGUGAUAACGCCGUGAGGCACAAGGAGCCGGACCAUCUUUUGAAACCAGAACGGAUUAACUUGUUGGUCCAUAUUCUCAAGAUGAUUAUCGAGCCUAGCGAGAGGCAAAACCCGACUGUCCGAAAGCUGGGCUUAAAUGUUCGGAAGUUGGAGGAGACGACGAUGGAGGUCAUGUCAAAUUGGUUCAAUGAUAAGGAUCAUCCCGAAAAUCUUCAGAAGAAAAAGUAUUUGCGGGAAAUUUUCCGUGUUGCAAAGAUCCAGGAGCGCCACAAGCGUGGUGAAGUCGAUGGCUCGACCACGAUCCCAGUCAUGUGUGGAUCCGAGGGUCGAACGCUUGAAGGCUCCGAUGAUGAAGGGGACGAGAUCGCCUACACGGAUGGGGAACCGGAGCCUGAGGAGGCGCUAUACACCGCUGUUGCCGGGGUUACCUCGCCGGAAAGAAUUGUUUCACCGUCUCUCCUGCAUCCUUCACACCAAGCCGAAACAGAGAUACGGCUUCCAACGCGGAGCAUCCGACCGCACACUCCCCGAGUAGCAGUUUCCGGGCCGGCAACGGCUUAUGAUGCCCAUAUCUACCGGCUAGAUUCGAACCCAUAUCCGUCUGCGCCACAGACCAUUCCCAAUCUUCAAGACGCGUGUCGGAGGACUUAUUCUCAGUGGCAAUCUCCCAUUAUUAACGCGUCGACUUCUAAUAAUAUGUACUAUGGCCCACCACCGCCGAACACGAUGGCAUACCUACCACCGUUACAACAACAACAACAACAGCAGCAACCAAUGCAUUCACCUCAGCAUAGCUUUGACGGACUUCAUAGUAUUCAGCCACUUGCGCCCAGUGGCGUGAUGAAUAGUCGGGUAUUUGAAGGUAGCCAAGCACUGGCGGGACAGCAAUGUCUCCGACCCAGCAGCCAUCCACCAUCCAUGCCAUACACAGCUCCAUCUUCGUAUACUUUUGAUCCGGUCAGCGGUACAUACGGAUCGUCGGAGCAUAUCGUCAAGCAGGAGCAACACCAGCAUCGAUAA